GACGUGUUGGUUACGUUGCAUUGUGGGAUAUUCAUAACACAAACAACCAGGUUUUGUUUAUAGUCUGGCUCUCGCAGCUAUUUAAUUUUUUUUUAAUAUUCCCAUACAGACAAGGUGCCAUGGGUAGACGAAGCAUAAACACCACCAAGAGUGGUAAAUACAUGAAUCCAACAGAUCAGGCCCGUAAGGAGGCUAGAAAGAGAGAACUGAAGAAAAAUAAGAAACAACGGCAGAUGGUUCGAGCAGCAGUACUUAAGGGAAAAGACCCAUCACAAAUUAUUAUGGAGAUGGAGAAAAUUGACAGUAUGGAAUACAAUGUUGAGGUUCCACCAGCUCUCAGUGAAAAAGUGCUGAAAGAUAAGAGAAAAAAAUUAAGAGAAACCCUAGAUCGAGUUCUGAAAUUGUAUGAAAGAGAAAACCCAGAAUACUGGGUUGAAAUCCGCCGUAUGGAAGGAGAUUAUGAGAAGAAGCGACAAGCACUUAUUGAGUAUUUUGAGUCGGUUCGACAUGCUCAAGCAGUCACGGUUGAUGAGAUUCCUUUACCAAAUCUUGACAUGCCACCAGUGCCUGAUGAGUCUAUGCCUGAUCUACCACCACCUCCAGAAAUAGUUCCCUUGCCUGUGCCAAAUGCCCAUAUGGUUCCAUCUCAUAGUAUUCUGAAAAAAAUGUCUGCAUAUGUACCACCUCCUGCUGAACCUAAAAAGCCUCCAGGUUGCCCCCCGACACUGCCACCUGAUCUUAGUGAUGAUGAAGAAGAAGAACAAGCAAUGGAAACUGAACCUGCUCCUCCUGUUACAGAGAAAGAAGAUAAUGAAGAAGAUGGAAAGGAAGAUGAUGAUGAAACUGAGGAGAAAGACAAGAGUCAGCCACGCAGUCGCACUAUUCGUUUUGAAGAUGGAGAAGAUUCAGAUGAAGAAAAGGAUACAAGAGUUACAAUAACAAAUUCUAAAGGUCUUACCAGCUUACAGACUAAGCUGUUGCAGAUGUCAGGCCAAGACAUAGAUGACUUCAUGAGGGAAACUGAAGUACUUUUCCGUGAGAAGGAGGCAGAGCGCAAGGCUGACCUCCGGGCUCGAUUAGAUAAACUAUAUGAUGAUGAGCCUCCAAGACCUAAUCUGCAACAACCAAUACUCAGUGUGCCUCCACCACAAACUAGAGGGCCACCAGGUACUCCUGUAGUUCUGCCUCCAGGUGCAGCAGCAUCAUCUCAGCCAACUCCCACCAGUCAGAGUAUAACACAAGUUACAUAUCUUCCUUCUGCCCCUCCACCAGCAACAGUCCCAGUAAGUGGUCCGCCUGGUGUCCCACAUGUUGCAUUACCUGUAGCCCCUCCAGGCACCACCUUAUCUACCCCACCAACCACUGUUCCACUUAUCCCACCAGGUGUUACUCCAACACCUAUACAGUCUACCCCAAAUGUGGUCCCAAGUGGUCAUCCUGCAGGACCCCUUGGAUCAUCCUCAGUAAUACCUCUUGUUAUCCCACCAUCUGUUCCACCAGUGGCUCCUCCAGGAGCACCUCCCACAGGCCCUCCAGGGGCACCUCCUGGGGCACCACCUCUUAUGUUUCGUCCGCCUCCACCCAUGCGCAGUGGUCUCCCACCUCCACUCGGGGUUCGUCCACCGCCAGGGCCUCCUCCCCAAGGAAUGCCUCCAAGACUACCAAAUAUGCGCAUGCCACCACCAAUGCCUCCUCGUCUUCCAAUGCGUCCACCAGGUAUUCCACCAGGUAUGCCACCACCAGGCAUGCCUCCACGUGGCCUUCCUCCAGUUCACAACCCCAAUGUGCUGUCUGCAGGACCUCAGCUUAUUCCUCGACCCAGAGAAGAUGACAAAAAGCAUUCUGCAACCAUCGAGGCCAAGCCACAGAUCAGAAAUCUCAGUGCAGAUGUAACACGUUUCCUACCAACUGCUCUGAGAGUGAAGAGAGAAGACAGAAAGAAAUUAGGAAAAGCACAAACAGAUAUCAAAGAAAUGGGAGGAGGCAAGGCUGAAGAAACUGAUCUAAACCAACCAAAGACGAUGCUUAUUCUCAGUUCAUGAGAGAGAUGGAAGGGCUAUUGUAAAAAUGUAUACUUUUUUUUUUUUUAACCUACUUGUUUCUUUAUGACAUUUAGGCUGAACCUUAUUUUCAUAACCCAAACUUGGAAAGAUAAUUCAUGAAAAAAAAAAUUUAUCGAAAUUAAUACCAUAUCUUUUCUGUUACAGGCUUUUUAUUUUAAUGUGUUUCACAGUCAAAAGUAAAUCAUUGUUAUUACUUGUGUAAGUGCUUUCACUAGUAUAAAUAUGUAAGAAAAUGCUUGAAAAACAUUAAUAAACAUAUUGAUCAUCAUUGGAAAACAUAUGUUGUGAAGUUUAAUCUUCCUCUAGGGAGGUUCCUUGAUGCUAAUGAGGGGCUCUUCAUCCAAGGAAUUUGAUUUGUCCUUCCCUUCCUUGGACCCAAACCUCCAGGCACUACAUGCCCCCCUACAGGUUCAGCACUUCCCUCUAAAUACUGUAGAGUAUAAUCAUUAUGAAGUUCAGUAUUUUUGUGUACUGUAUUUUAUCAAAAGAUGAUGUACUGUAUUUAAUGCUCACAAAGUGACAGGUUUAGACAAGUGCUGUAUCAUGGUGUUUCAGAGAUCUUCAUAUUUAAUUUAUAAAACAAAUAGAUGAACUAAAUUCAGGUACAG